CCGCUUCCAGCUCCUACGCGUGGAAGCCGCUACAAAGGGCUUGAAUGAAACGUGUGUGGGUUUAGUGACCUCGUAAGCCGCCAGGGGAUCCCGUCUCCCCACAAACCAGCGCGUCUCUCGCAGGAGGCUGAGCAGGGGGAGGAGGCAAGGAGCGGAGAGCUGGGUUUCGCGUGCGCGCGCUGCGGCUGGAGCGACGGCGAGGGGCUUCCUGGCCAUGCACCGCCUCGCCCGCGGCGGUUCCGGGCACCACUCUCUCCGCCCGGGCUGCGCCCGCUGUCGCCGCCACAAGCUCCUGCGGCCGCCGGCACUGUCCACCGAGGAGCAGAGCUAGCCCUCCCCACCACCGAUUCCCUUCUCCGCGGAGACGCGCCGCCCCCUGGUCAACUUUGAGCAAGAGGAGAGACAACUUUGGCCGCGGCCGCGGGCUUCGCAUCCCGCUUCUCCUCGUCCGCAGGAGCCUCGCGAGUCGCUGGGGUUAGGUGGGGCGAGAGUUACCCCGGCGCAUGUGCGCGGCGUCUGGCUGUGGGCAGCUUGUCUCCAGCAAGCGGGAGCGGGAGUGUGGCUACUAGUCAUCUGAAGGUGGGGAACUUGCUUUCCUUUCCCUUGAAGCGACCUCGUCUUGCUGCUGGAUAAAGCUAUAUCGAAAGCAUGUAAAUAGGCAGAGCGACUGUUACCAGGAAGGCAGCCACCCCAAAGGCAGGGAGGAGCGUGGGGCUUCGUCUGGGCUUCUCCCAGUCGCAACAUUAAUCAACAGUCAGGUGUUGGUUGCAAGUUUUCAAGGUCAGCCACCGGCAGCAGCGAUUCCCUCUCUGAAUCUUGGGGAUACGCAGCGCUCGGGUUGGACUUGGCUGAGAAAUGCACAGGACACCAAACGAGGAAGGAUUGUAGAGGGGAAGGGCUGUGACCCCAAGACCCAUCCCCCAACCUCCCCCUAAUCUCCCGUCCCCCGCUGCAGGGGCGGGGGUUAGUAUGUGACAUGUGUCUAACUCUCAGCGGCAACUUUGGCAGCAGGUGUCCGUCCUAAGCAGGAGCCGCCGUUGCCGGGUGCGCCCUCGCCCAGCCAUGCGGGCCGCGGGCGCGCGUCUCGCCCGCACCUCGCGGCUGCUGCUUCUGCUACUGCUCAAGGUUUCCGCUUCUCUCGUCCUCGGGUCCGCCCCUGCGCCCGGGAACGAAAAUUGUCUGGGGGAAAGCUGUUCACCUACACUGAUACAGCGUCGCAGCAGGGACGCUUGGGGACCGGAAAAUUCUGCAGGAGACCUUCUGCCAACCCGUGCGCCCAGGGAGGAGGCUCAGGAGGCAGCGGUGCGCUUGGCGCCUUCAUGGGACCCACCCGCGGCCCGCGGCGGUGACCCAGGCGCGGGCAGAGGGGCGGAGGCGUCGGCAGCGGAGCCCUCGGGACCUCCAGCCAGACCACCUGGCGCCUGGAGGUGGAAAGGUGCCCGGAGUCAGAAGCCCCCGGGUACUUUGGGGAGAGGGAACCCCACGGCUCUCCAACUCUUCCUUCACACGUCAGAGGAGAAGGAAAAGGGUCCCAGAGGCGCUGGCAUUUCUGGGCGCAGUCAGGAGCAGAGUGUGAGGAAGGAACCCGGAGCCAGCGACCUUUAUUAUUGGCCAAGGAGAGCCGGGAAACUCCAGGGUUCCCACCACGACCCCCAACCCAAGACGGUCAAUGGACCGUCGGGGCACGAAGGGCGGACGAUUGCACCCCCUGGCAGGGCUCUGGCUCUGAACGGGUCCUCCCUUGAAGGAGUUCACGAACGCGGGGGUCCUCGGCGGGGGAACACCACGAACCCGCGCUUGCGACUGAAGAACCCUUUCUACCCACUGACCCAGGAGUCCUACGGAGCCUAUGCGGUCAUGUGUUUGUCGGUGGUGAUCUUCGGGACCGGCAUCAUAGGCAACCUGGCGGUGAUGUGCAUCGUGUGUCACAACUACUACAUGCGGAGCAUCUCCAACUCCCUCUUGGCCAACCUGGCCUUCUGGGACUUCCUCAUCAUCUUCUUCUGCCUUCCGCUCGUCAUCUUUCAUGAGCUGACCAAGAAGUGGCUGCUGGAGGACUUCUCCUGCAAGGUCGUGCCCUAUGUAGAGGCUGCUUCUCUCGGAGUUACUACGUUCACCUUAUGUGCUCUGUGUAUAGACCGCUUCCGUGCGGCCACCAACGUCCAGAUGUACUACGAAAUGAUAGAAAACUGUUCUUCCACAACCGCCAAACUUGCUGUUAUAUGGGUGGGUGCCCUCCUGUUGGCACUGCCGGAAGUGGUGCUCCGCCAGCUGAGCAAGGAGGACCCGGGCUUCAGCGGGCGCGCCCCCGCGGAACGCUGCGUCAUCAAGAUCUCCCCGGAUCUCCCCGACACCAUCUAUGUUUUAGCCCUCACCUACGACAGCGCCAGACUCUGGUGGUACUUCGGCUGUUACUUCUGUUUGCCCACACUUUUCACCAUCACCUGCUCUUUAGUGACUGCAAGGAAAAUCCGCAAAGCCGAGAAAGCCUGUACCCGGGGGAAUAAGCGGCAGAUUCAGCUAGAAAGCCAGAUGAACUGUACAGUCGUGGCUUUGACCAUUUUAUAUGGAUUUUGCAUUAUUCCUGAAAAUAUCUGCAACAUUGUUACUGCUUACAUGGCUACAGGGGUUUCUCAGCAGACAAUGGACCUUCUUAAUAUCAUCAGCCAGUUCCUUUUGUUCUUUAAGUCCUGUGUGACCCCUGUCCUACUUUUCUGUCUCUGCAAACCCUUUAGUCGGGCCUUUAUGGAAUGCUGCUGCUGCUGUUGUGACGACUGCGUCCAGAAGUCUUCCACGGUGACCAGUGAUGACAAUGACAACGAAUACACCACAGAACUGGAGCUCUCACCUUUCAGUACCAUACGCCGGGAGAUGUCCACGUUCGCGUCCGUUGGAACUCAUUGCUGAAGCACAGCCUUUGGUUUGCUUAGGUUUCUUUAUUUGUUUCAUUUUCAUAUCCUGUGAAAGUUUUUACUUCAUAUUUUUCCUUAGUGGGAAAACAUGCAGAAAAGGAGAGAAAUAUUAACUACUGUAGAACUGAUUUUGCAAAUUAAUAUUUGUGCUUUGAAAAAAAUAUUUAUAUUUAGUUAUUUAAGAAGUAUGAGGAGGCCAGUAGUUUUAGAUCAUUUUAUCUGGUAUGGUGCUAAUAUUUUAUUUGAAAAAAGUGACUGCACCUUAAUUAAUUGCUAACUUUCUUUUGUUCUUUUAAAAAUAUAAUCACUGUAUAUUGAUUAUAGCCAUGUGAUUUUGUAGGCUAUUUUAUGUUUGAGUUGUGAUUGAAAGUAUAUUGUAUAUGGUAUCGUGAGGUGAGUUGUAGUUAAGAAGCAUUCACAAAGUAGCACCAAAUAAAUUACACUUUAUUCUUUAACGUCAUUGUCAAUCUACUUUUAACCAAGAUUCAAUAAAUCUUUUAAUUGCCUUAAAUACACAAUUACUGAUUCUAUGCACAAUUUAAAAUCAGCCUUAUUGUUUUAUAAUUCUAUUUUCCUUUAAGGUGGGCAAUCACUAUGAUAUAAAGACAUUUUCCUAACAGUACUAUUUUAUAUGCAUGAUUCAUAAAACUAACUGUAUGUUUAAAAAAUUGUAUUUUUAAUAUUCAGCUAGAGAUGUAAAAUUACUUCCAAAUAUUUAUAAAAUAUGAAUAAAUAGACAGCAGAGUAGGAAGAAACUAUCUUUUUUUAAAGAAAUUCACCUCUGAACUAGCAUGUAGAGCUAUAGGUUUUCCCAUGAAGAAUUAUGAAGAGAACCAAGGACUAAAAAGCAACCCACUUGUCAUCUGAUUUCAUCUAAACACUGACCUUUGAAGCACCAUGAAUUCUGUGUGAAGCACUUUGAAUUCUAAUUUUUCUCCUUUUAAAAAAUGAACUUGAUUAAAUCUGUGUGACUUAAUUUCUCUAAGAAAUUACAGUAGUGGAAUAAUAAAAUAUUUAUGCAUCUUGAUUAGAACACUUGAAUAUUCAAAUACUACCUUUAAGUUGAUAUUCCAUAAACUCCCAACAAAAAUCUAACCCUCUGUAUUUGAAUUCUAUGGACCCCUUAAGGAGUUCAAGUUAAAGCAGUUGUGUAGGAUGCCUUCCAUGUGGGACACAUGCCUAAUCAGAUGGCAGAGGCAGUGACCUGAGUGACACAGUGUGGUUGUAAUGUUGCUGUCUUCAGAAAAAUCAUAUAGGGGAACCCAAUUUUCUGGCUGGAAACUGCCCUAUGUGUUUUCUGCCUGUUAAUUUCUGUACUAUUCAGCUUAUCUGGUACUUUCUUUCUUCCAGACUACAUAUAACAUGAUGUUCUUUAAAUCGUUAAACUUUAGUACUAGAAAAAUUAAAGGGACUUAAUUCAGACCACUGGUCUUCUGCAUGAAACCCAGAUUAACUAAAAGACAGUGUCCAGAAUACCUCCUUUUUCCCAGUCCAGUACUCUUCAAAGGGAUUUUUUCCCCUACUGUCUGUAUUCUAAGGGGUUUGAGGAAGAAUAAAAACAAGGCACCAUUGUCCUCUUACAGAUCCCUGUAAUAGGUCUUUGGAAAACAACUGAGGAUGCCUAACUGAUGGCUGCCAACUGAUGGCUGCUGAGCAGAUCCACAGUUAUAAUUCCACAGUGUCUGUCAUGAUAUUUAGUCAACUUUAUAGAUCAAGAAACUGAUUGAGCAUAUGGCAUAGAAAAGGUUCUGUGUUAUAAUCUGCAGUAAAUAAAGGUAAAUAGAGCUUAGUGUCGGACUUUACAAAAGCAGACAGGGGUGGGAUGAGAAGAAAGGAAUAAGACACACGUGUAAACAAUUAUGAUGUAAGCUGGGACCGGUUGGGAAGGUGUAAAGUUCUGUGAUAAUUCAGGGAGAGCACCUCAGAUGGGAGGAAGUCAUGAAAGGUUUUAUGGGGUACCUGGAGGGACAGACCUUCAGAAGGAGUCGAUGAAAGGCAGUGCGAGAAGUGGACACUUCAGGAGGAGAGAGAUUACUAAGCAGAGGAAUUAGAAGAAGGCGUCCUGGGGUGUGACUGAAGAAUAAAUAAAUAAAUAGUCCAGUUUGGUUCCUAUGCUAUGUGUGAAUAGAAGCCUCAUGAAGAAUACUGAUGAAAAUAUGUGAGACCAUAUGAUAAAAAGGUAUGGCUUUAUGUCUUUGGCAUUCCAGAUGCUCUGUGUUCACAUGAGAAGCCCUGCCCUCCCUGUCCCCCGUACUCUCAUACAAUGUGUUCAUUAGCAGUGGGGCAUAGCAGCUUCCGCUCCCCACAUUCAUACCUGGUCCUGAACUGAAAAAUGUUUUGUAGGGAGCUUGAUUCCUCUGAGAAAUAUUUAAAAUACUUCUAUCAAGAAAUUUUCUUCUCCGACCCUUCCCUGUCAUUUAAAAAAUUAGAUGGACUUUUCCUGAUCGUCAAGGAUUCUCCAAGAUAACAGGUUGAGAUUUCUUCCUGAUGAUUUGAAUUCAUCUUGCAUUUUUAAAUACUCUUCAAUUACCUUCUGUUGGUUUGGCUUUCUCUGUCCUCUUUCUAGGCAGCAUCUUCCCAGUAUAUCCGAUUAUGGUAACCCUUCUCAUAAAGAAAGAGGAAGAGAAAACAUUAAAAGUUUCUACAAUUUCACUAUCGUGUUUUAUGAGUGUUCUCUCCUUCUUUCUGGAGAGUAGAAAAAUAUAUGCUAUAUUUUCUUUGCCCUGGUCUUUUAGUGAAAGCAAUUGAGGAGUAUUUACUGAACCGCAGUUUUGCUUUGCUACUUAGAUUGUUAGUUUUUGAAUUCAAAGCAUUCAGCAUGGUGCCUACAAUAGAUCGGAAUUACAUUACUUCAGACUCAAAGUGAUCUCAAAGUCUUCCAGUAUUAAUUACCCAGCUCUUUUUUUGUAUGUACAAAACUGAUUUUCUGAGAAGUUAACUGAGUUACCCAAGGUCACAUAAUUUGACCCUGGUUGAAUACUGACUUGUGAAAAUUCUAAGAAUAGAAGAUCUCCUUUUAGGGAUUAUAUAUAAUAAUUCUUUUCUACUUAAUCAGUUGGCUCACAGCAGUCUGUGAAAUACUAUCUUGAUUAAGAUAACAUAUAGUAAGUGUUCAAUAAGUACUUGUUCAAUGAAAGGAUAAACAAAUCUUUAAAUGAAAGAACACUCAGAAGACACAGUUUAGCAAAAAUACAGAUGGCAAACCAGGACUAUGAGUUAAGAAGGAGUGACAAAAGGAAAAGUAAGAAAAUAUAGUUUUUUGGUAACUGUGUUCAGACCAUAAAAUUAGCGGGCCAGCACUAAUCAAAUUAUGUAAUUAUCUAUGGCCGUAUACACGGUAUAUGUGUGUUCUGGACAAAUUAUAAAAACUGGAUGCUAUAAUUCGCUUUUCAAACCUCUCUAUCCCAAAUUUAUUAAGUCCAGGUAUUCUAAAAGCCACGUUAGUCCUUUGCACAUUUUAUUCUUUCAAUCAUUCACUCCAUUCAUUCAGUUAAACGCCUAUUGCCGGCUUUGUGCCGUGGCAGCAUAGUAGCCAACGAGGUUUAUCUGAAGUACAGUUAUUGCUAAUUGAAAACACCUACAUGCCAAACACUGUGCUAAAUCCGAGGGACAGAAUAGUGUGUGGUUUAGAUACAACUCAGUCCCUUUUGGAGUUUACAUUAUGUGCAGUGCCUACACAUAAGAUUAUUCCCUACUCAUAGAUUAUUCCCUAUAUCAAGUAUUUAGUGAAAAUGUGAGUAGUGCUGAGAAAGAAAAGUUCGGGAAGAAAAGUGCUCCGAGAGUUUGUUAUAGGGGAUCCUGACCUAGGGGUAGUGUCAGUGAAAAUUCCCUUGGGAAAGAGCUCAGGUAGAGGCAGGGAGAGUAUUAAGGCUCUGUGUGGACGGAGACAGAGCAGGUCCAGGAACCAAGAAGGACCAAGAAGCCUGGCACGCAAAAAGCAAAGGCAAGCAUAGACCAGAGUUGGUAUGAAACAAAUUGCAGUUCAUCUACAAAGGGUUUCGGUUAUAUAUAGGUAGAGUAACCUCACUUCAUCAAUGUUAGACUGCCCUUCUGUGGUUCAUGGGAGACUACUUAUCAUUGUUAUUAGUAAACUGACUUCCUUUUAUAUUUUAAUAUAACAGCCUCACAAUUGUUUGAUUUUUUAUUAUAUUUGUGUUUCCACACUUUCACCCCAAAUAUUGCAAUAUGAAGUAGGAUAAUAAUUCAUUAACUAAAGAGACUGUAUUGUUAUAUAAGUAGAAGAUAAUUAUUUACUACCAAGUUAUGAGACCUUAGAUUCCUAGAACUCUGGUGCUAAAUCAAUGGUCCAUUGCAUUUACAAAUUUGUAGAGGAUUAGCAAUCUUUUGCUUCCAGUGCUCAGAAGUUAAAGAUUGAUUUAAAAAAUAGUUAUAGUAAUCAAUCUCAAAGUGAUCAUUCUCUUGAACUAGUAAUACUUUAAUCAGUCGCGUGGCUGUUAAAUGAAACAUUUUCAUUUCCUGUUAGUCCAACUGUUGUCAAUUCCACAAACUGAAUUCAAUAUUUUUCUUCAAUUUUUAAGAGAUAUAAAUAAUUCAUAUGCAAUACAUUCUGUGAAAUCCAUAGAAACCUUCUGAGUUGAAUGCCUUGCUAUAUAGAUAGACAGGGAUGUGACUGGUUUGUUUUACUCUCUCUCUACAUAUACACCAAAUUUAAGUAUAACCAUAGACAUUUUUAAAUUUCCUAAUUAAUAUUUAUUUUCCUGAGUUUUAAGAGAAAAAAAUCUUUUGUAAUUUUAUUCCUUUUAUUUGUAUUUGUAUUGAUAAUGUAUUUAGAAACUUAGGUCUACCAGAAUUUUUUUCCCUAAUCAAAUAAAGUAUGAUGAACUUGCUAAAAUUUGAAAGUUUGCUACAGACAGAAUUUGGAAGUUUAAGGGAACAGUGUCUCUGAGGAGAAAAAGAAAGAGAGAGAGAAAAAGAGUGAAAGAGAGAGUGAGAGAAAGAGAGAGAGAAGAGAGGAGAGGACAUUUGGGGUGUCUAGAAGAAAUUGUGAUGGUGUGAGGGAAGCUUUCAAAAGAGUUCAUAAAAAUGACAUAAUUAUAUUUUUCUUAUACCCUCUUCUCUCACUAAUGACUUUUGUUCCUGAACUGUUUUUGACUCUGUUUACCAAGAAGAGUGGGCUCUGAUUACCAGCACUUUCAAGGCAAUGGAACAAUGACCUAUAUCAGGAAGCAUUUUGGUAAUGGGGAAGUUAUGUUGGGAGGUAUGACUAUGCGCUUUUGUCAUUCUAAAAACACAUCCAUAUUUUUGUUUAAGAACAUGUUUUAAACAUGUAGACACAUUUAAAAACCUUCAGCUUGCUUCUAUCACAUUGACAUUUCGAGUUUCAAGAUUUUAAGAACAGUUUAUAAAGACAAAUAUGUUCUUUUGUGAAGUAUCAGUAUAUGAGGAGGGACAUAAAGAAUCACACUUAAGUCCCUGAAAGUCACGUGUGCCAUGUUUUCUUUCAUUUUGAAAAGAUGCUCUUGUACCGUAUAGUUAUGCUAUUGUGGACAGGGUUUUGUUCUAUUAAGUUUUAUUCCUGCUUUUGCUACUCCUAGAAAGAAGACCUUUUUUGGUUUGUUUCUCUAUGUUUGGCUCAGCCUUAGUGACUUGGUGUUGGGGUAGCAUUCUGUCCUGAAUUACUCUGAUUUGAAUUCCAAAUUGAUUGCACAAACCCCACAUCAACAGGUUGGCAUUAUUCUAUGGGCAUAAUACAGUGAUUGUUGGAGAAGUGUGGCUUGAAAGUCCACCCAGGGUGUCAGAGAGUAAAUGGACCUUUUGUUGGCUUUGGGGGUUGGAUUAUUUUUCUUUGUCUUGCUGAUUUUGAGAUUGUUGGACAGAAAUUUAACUUUUUCUUUAUUUUCAUUUUGGCAAGAGAUUAAAAAAUCUCAAUAGUGUUUCUUAACAAGGCUUCAUUGACUUCCAUAAAACUUUGUUUCUGAAUUAACUUUUAUCUCCUGAAAACCUUUGGGCAGGACAAGCCGGUCAUUUACAUGGCAUUUGCAACAAUUAGAAAGUUCACUGGUUGGGACUGAUCUUUGGUCACCGAGUUUAAAAAGAUGGGAUGCUGUAAUGCCCACUGAUUGUGUGAUUGUUUCAACCUCACUCAUAAAGGAUUUUAGCUGAAGAGUCUUUGUCUAGGGCAGGCCUGUGAGAUCCAGCUGCAGUAGUACGGGAAUGAAUGCCUUUGUGUCAAUGGUCAGCUCCCUCUGAUAUUUGAUCAGCCCGUAUUUGCAUGGCAACCUAUUUCUACAUCAGCAAAGUAUGCAUAUAAUGCUGGGCUUUGUAAUCUAGUUGAGAAAAUGCAUGGGUGUUCAGAGGUUUCCCCUAUACUGUUACCUUUGGGUGAUUAAAUCUAGUAGAAAGAAGUGUUAUGUGAAUAAUGAAGAACACAGAAUGAUCAGAUGAAGUUGAGUUAGGACCGUGACUUUGUUUCCAGUGCUGCGACUUCCUGUGGCCAAGAUGAGCUAUCUGACUCGGCCACUUCGAUUUUUCAAAUUAACUAGAAAGUUUACAGAAUCUUUAUUUCAUUUCCUCCAGACCCAAGGACUAUGUCAUCAGGUUCCAGCCACUGAAAAA